AUGAUGAGGUCUCGUGUGGUGUCCUCUCUCUUUGUCGACAGAAUUCGUGCAAAACCUAAGCUGAAGCUAGUUGAGAUUAUACAUGAGUUCAAAAAUUAUUAUGGUAUAGACAUUUCAUACUACCACACAUGGUUUGGCAAAGAGCUAGCUAAAUUGGACGUUCACGGUGAUGAGUCGAAGUCCUUCAAUGAGUUAGUGUGGUAUGUAAAUGUCGUAAAGGGAACUAACCCUGGUUCUCUCUGCGUUCUUGAAUGUGAAGCUGGAAUUAACCACUUUAGACGAUUUUUUGUGUCGUUUGGCGCGUUUUAUCCUCUAGCUUUUGGAGUUGUUGAUUCUGAGACAGAGGAGAAUUGGACUUGGUCUCUUCAACAUUCGGCUGCUAUAUUGCUUCCGAUGGGGAGAGUGGUGACCUUUUUCUCGGAUUGCAAUCAAGAAUUUGAUAUCGAAGUCCCGAAGUCAGGUUAUGGGAAACUGCUCCAAGACUAUGUUAUCAAUUUAUUUAGUAUAUGCGCAUAUGCUGUAACGGAGGAAGAGUUUAAGGUAGCAACGGACAAGUUGGUGAUUGUUGAGAGUUCGAAAGUGAAGGCAUUUAUAUCUGAUUUGUCUAGAGAUCGCUAUGCCAACACAUUUUUCAAAGGAAUGCGUUAUGGGCAGAUGGCAAACAAUUUAGCCGAGUAA